AUGGAAAAAAAAAUAAAGAAUCUUUUAAUUGAAAAAAGUUCUUUACUUUCCCAAACUAAUUUAAUAAAAAAAAAAAAUAAUAAUAAUAAUAAUAAUAAUAAUAAUAAUGAAGAUAUUUAUUUCAAAAAUUAUUUAAUUUUAAAUAAUUUAUCAGCGCCUUUAACCACAUCAAAUGUGAAAAAUUUAAAAUCAACUUUUAAUAAUAAUCGAAAUGAAAGAUUUUUAAUUUUUGGUAAUGACCAUGAAUCAAAAAAUCUUUUCAUUCAAGAAUAUAUAUGCGGAACAAAACUAAAUUUUAAUUAUAAAGAAAUUCAAGAAUCCAUAUCAUUUUCUUUAAACUCUAUUGAAUUAUGGAAACUUUUAACAAUUUCAACACUUGGUGAUACAUCAAUUGAAACUCAUUAUAAAAUUAAAAAAUCAACUCUUAAUGAUGAAAUUUUAUUCAUUAAUAUUUUUUUAUUAGGUUAUCCAGAUGCAAAAUCGGUUGUUACUGAUAUUCCAUUAAAAAAUAGAAUAAUUGAAAUUUAUAAUUCAGUUGAAUUAAUUUCAAAUUUACAAUAUCAAGAUUACAAAAAUUAUGAUAUUUUAAUACAAGUAGAAAGACUUUUAUAUCUUUCAAGUAAAGAUUCAAAAUCAUUGAAAAAUAAAAUAUUAAAUUGCCAAAGUGAAAAUGACUUUCAAUUUAUAAAAUCAAAUAUAUCUUGUGAAAUAUACUAUUGUUUAUUAUAUUAUAUUAAUUCUAUAAUAAAUAAUAGUUUUUUAUCAUAUUUCCAAGAUUGUAAUAUUAAUUAUAAGGAAAUUCAAUUCCUUGAUAUCAACUCGAUUUCAAAUCAUUAUGAUUUCGUUGAUAAAAAGAGUUUAUCAUAUUCAAUAAAAUUAAAUAUUGAAAAAAAUUAUAUAUUGAAAUCAAAUUUAUCAAAUGGUUUCGAUAUUGAUGUCGUAAACAAAGGUUUUGUUUCUGGAGAUAUUGAUUUUAAUAUCCUUUCAGACCCAAUUAAAACCCCAUUUUUAAUUAUUACAUAUUGUGUAGAAUUAAUUAAAGAUUUUUUUAACAACUUUCCACUUUGCCAAUUAAGGUCUAUUGUUUUUUUAAAUUGUUACAAUCAAGGUGGAGAUGAACAAAAAUUAAAAUAUAUUGUAGAAAUGUUGGAUUUCUUACAAAUGAAACCAAUUUUUGAAGAAUUGGUGGUCAAAGAGCAAUAUCAACCAAUUUUUGAAAAAUUGGUAGUCAAAGAGCAACAUCAACCACAACAACCACUAUUACUAUCAUGUAAUAUGUUUUUAAAUAACGAUAAUUUAUAUCAAAAAGCAAUAACAACACCAACAACAAAAGCAACAACAACAACACUUCCAAGUGAUGAACCACCAAGUUAUUAUUCAAUUCACCCAAAAAAUCAAAAUGGUCAUAUUGAAUUAAUUAGCAAUCAUGAAAAAAAUAAAAUUCAUAAAAAAUAUCAAAUUGAAAUGGAUAUAUUCCAAGAGGAUCUAAUUGAAGAUGAACUUAAUAUUAGUAUUGAAUAUACACAAUUUGGAAAUAGUAAUGAAGAUUCAAAACAGCAACAACAACAAAAACAAGAGCAAGAACAACAAAUUGAUAUUUACCAAGAUAAUGAAUCAUCAAAUUACGAGUCAUAUGAAAAUGCAAUACCAAUGGAUGAAAUAAAUAAUUACAAUCAAGCACACCAACAACAAUACCAAUUUAUUGAUGAUAAUUAUAAACAAAAAGAAAUGUUAUUAUUUAAUGAAAUAGAGAAUGAAUAUAUUGAAUCAACAAUUGUUAAACCAAAUCAUGAAAAGUUUUUAAAAUUAUUUUCAAAUAAUUAUUUAAUAAAUGAUGGUAUAAUGGAUUAUACAAUACUUGAAGAAAUUUAUAGAUUUAGAAAAGCACCAGAUUUAAUUCCAAUUGAAACAGUUAAUAAAUUUUUAGUAGAUUUUGGUAAAGUUCAAGUGAUUGAAACUGAUCAGCCGUCAUAUGUUUCAGUUUUAAAAUGUUUAAAAAUAAUUAGAGAAACAAAUUUAAAUAAAGUAAAAGAAAAGAAUGAUCCAUCAGUAAUUAGAAUUGGUUGUAUUUUAAAUUCAAAAAUCAUUGAAUCCCUAUCAAACCUUUUACCAAUUUUUCAUAAUCUUUGUAUUGAUAAUCCUCAUUUUUUAACAACACUUCUACAAAUUAGUAUAAUAGUUGUAAAGUUUUUAGUUACUUUAUCUUUAAAUAUUAAAAUGAAUGAUAAGGUUAUUUCAACAUUAUUAAAUGGUAUUAAAGUUGCUUUGUUUUUAAAUCCAUCAAUUAAAUUUUAUAUACCAUUGGCAAAUGUUAUCAUUUCACUUCAUAAUCCAAUUAAAUGUUCAAAAAAAUUAAAAAAUCAAUUUAAAAAAUUAAAAUUUUUUGAACAAUUAUUAAAAAAUUUAUUAUCAGAUGAAAGUAAUAAUUAUCAAAUUAAUUUUCAAAUUUUACAUACUUUAGUAUUCUUGGCAAAGAUUGAUGAAUCUUAUUAUAAGGUAUUUGAAACUAAUUUACAAAUAGUUGGAGAUCAAGAUGAAUUAAUUAAAGAAUUUAAAAAAAUAAUUUCAAAAUCAGAUUCAACUCGUGAAGAUAUACAAAAUUUAAUGAAGUUUUUUAAUAAUAAUAAUAGUAAUGGUAAUGGUUUCAAUCAUAGAAAUUUAACAUUUGAUGAAUUUGAAAAAGAUUUUAACGAUAAACAACGUAAUUUCUCAUUUGAUGAUUAUCAAGGAGAAGAUUUCUUUUAUAAUGAUUACCAAGAAAAAGAUGAUGUAGGAGUAGAACAAGAACAAUACCAAUAUUAUCAAGAUGAUUUAUUUGAUUGUAAUGAAAAUGGUUGGGAAUGUGAUUAUUACAAUGAAGAUGAUAAUAUUAAUCAAGAAGAUGAUUUUUAUUAUGAUCAACAGUUUGUUAAAUGUGAUAUUGGCUUAUAA